AUGGGUAGUCAUAUAGUUGAUGUUCCGACCACCAUAAAGGAAACCCAUCUCCAUUUCUUCUUGCACGACACCCUUUCUGGUGACAACCCAACCUCCGUCAUUGUAGCACAACCAAACAGCACGGUUAUCAAAGAUAACAACAAUAUUGUCCCUUUUGGGGCAGUCUUCGUGUUUGAUGACCUACUCACCGAGGGGCCCGACCCAAAGUCAAAGGUUAUUGGCAGCCCACGUGGAUUGUACGCUUUAGCCAGUCGUGGGUCAGACUUGACCCUAAUAUUCAAUGGUGAUUUAGAGUUUACGAGUGGUGAGUUUAAUGGGAGUUCCAUAGUUGUUGUUUGUAGGGAUCCGUUGGUGGCGGUUAAGGAGAUGGCGGUCGUUGGUGGUAGAGGCAAGUUCAGGAUGGCACAAGGGUUUAUUUGGGCUAAAGCCAUCUACUUUAAUGUUACAACUGGUGAUGGUAUUCUUGAAUGGAAUGUCACCAUUUUUCAUCAAUAA